AUGGAAUUAUUAAUCAACUAAAUUUCUCUAUUUGUUUAAGGCUCUCUUAUUUUAGAAUAAUUCAUUUGGAGUUUACCUUUGAUGAUAUAUUUCACUUUGGGAGUCAUGAAUGAACUACAAAAUAUUGCUUAUAUUAAUAUAUUGUCUACUAAAAAGCUAUUCAGUACAGCAUCUGAAAUGGAUUUAAUUACAAUAUUGUCUAGACCUAAUACAUUAUUACAAUAUUCAACUAUAUUAUCUUAUAUUCCAUUAGCAUUUUUAUGUAUAUUAAUUCUUUGUAGUAUUGGCUUCAUUUUUAUUGUAAAAAAUAGAUCAGAAAAUUUAGUCAUUGAGUUAUAAAUUGCUUUUAAUACUAAUAUUUUCAUAAAGGUAUUAUUUAUAUUUGUAAAUGUCUCUAUUGGUGUAAUUAAAUAAACAUUUGGAUACAUAUUGUUAGACAUAUGUUUUUAGACAAUCAAACAAAAUAUUAAUGAUAUUGUGCAAGUGUCUUUAAAUUUAAUAGCAAUUUUAGGAAUAUUUAUAUUAAUUCUCUUUUUUACUAAUAUGUUUUCAUAUAAUUGGGCCUUAGAUUUUUAAAGAGAAUAUUUGAUGAUAAAUGAAUCCAAUCUAACAUAUUGUAGAAUUGGUAUCAAAUUUCUAUAACUAUCCUUCAUAUUAUAUAUUUAAGAUGAUAAAUUAUUUCUAAUUACAUCAUUACUUCUACCUAUAAUAUCAUCAAUUAUAUAAAUAUAUUAAAUGUAAAAACUAAAACAAUUAAUCUAUGGAAAUUAUUAUAGAGUAAUAUUAGCUAUUAAUCUAAUAGUAAUAACAAUAUGUUUGUAAUAUUUAUUACAUGAAAUAUUUCCGUAACAUAAAUUUUAAGAAAUUUGGAUAAUUAUGCUUAUUUUACCAUUUUAUUAUUUUCAAAAUUAAAUUAAAAUGGAUUUAUAAAAACAUUUUAUAAAUUUCUAGAAUUCCAGUAUUGAAGAUUGCAAUUUAGUUCUGUUCUAAAUAAUAUAUCAGAUUACUUAAUAAAAGAAUAGCUUUAAUUAACAAAUAAUUUAUCUUAUGUUUCUUUAAAGACAUACAAAAAUGUGUUAUGAUAUUGAAUGUACAUGUAAAUAAAGACUUUUAUCAAAGAAUUUUUAGUAAAUCUCUCAUGAAAUAUAUUUUAAAGAACUUCUAUCUUAAUAUGAAAGAUAGAUAUCAACAAUGUCAUUUAAUUGUACAUAAGAUUAACUUGUAUUUAGUUAUUUAUAACUAUUAUUUUUUUAAAAGCAAUAUCUGUUAAUUUAUUAGUAUUUCUAAAUAAUAUUUCAAAAAUCAAAAAGGAUAAAUUUCCAAAAUUAAAUUUUAAUGUUAAACAAUUACAAUAUCAAUAAAAAAGUAUUCAAAAUUAAUUAAUUACAUAAAAUUAUAGUUUUAAAAGUAGCUUAAGAUUUAAUGAGAUUAGAUAUUGCAUAAUAAUUAUAAAACUAAAAGAAUACAUCAUUUAGUGAAUCAUAAAAAAAUCAUACUGCUAUUAAAGAAUAUUUGGAAUAAGAAAAUUAAUAUCUAUAAAUUAAAAACAUUCUAAGUUAAGUUAUACAUAAUAAAAUUAACUAUUUGGAAAAAGUAAAUUCAACUACUACCAAAUAAAAUCUAGAGAAAUUAGCUUAUAAAUCAAUAUAAUAUUAAAUAGAUGGAUUAUAAAAAUUAAAGAUUUCCUUUAAAUAAACAUCAGGUAUUAUAAUUUUAUAAUUUAUAGAUUAGAAAUCACAAAAUAUUUUAAUGUUUUAUAAUAUGGAAAUUUUAAAUGAUAUGAUUUCUUCCUCAAAUCAAAAUUCAUCUUCAAAUUGUAAUGAUGAGAUUAAUUUCAAAUAUAAUAAUGCAUUUCUGACAAAUGAAUUUUCUAGUAUGUUAAUUUAAAUAAACAAUAAGUAAAAUAUUAAAAUUCUAAAAUGUAAAUAUAAUCAAUUAGAUAAAUUUGAUAAAUUAGAUAUUUUAAACUUUUAAGAUAUGAUACCUAAUUAUAUUUAGAUAUCUCAUAUGAGAUUGAUUGAAAAUUUUAUUGCAGGAUAAUAAAACAAAUUUUAUUAAUAAAUUAAAGAAUCAUACAUAUAAGUAUCAUAGUGUUUGUGUAAGAAAAUUGAUUUAUUAAUGGAUUUAAGUUAAUUAAAUCUAACAUCAAUUGAAAUGAUUGUAUUUUUCCGUAAAAAAAAAGAUAAUUCUUAUAGUAUUUUUUUAGAUGAUUAAAAAAGAAUCAUAAAUAUUGAUGAUGAACUUUUUAGUGAUGUAUUAAACAUUGAUGGAGUUUUCUCUUAAUACUUUAUUGGUUUGGAUAUGAAUAUCAUUUUUGAGAAUAUUGAUUAGUUAAAAUAGGAUUAAAUUUAUAAUCAAUAAACCUUUCAUUUUGUAGAUCCAAAUAAAAUAAAUUCAUCUUAUUUUACUAAAUAAUAAUAAAUGAAAAUUCAAACCUUAUGGAAUAAUUAACAAUAUUUGUUAUGUUAUCAAUGUGAUUUAUAAUUUUCUUAAAAAGGAAAUGAGUUUGGCUCUAAUUAUUAUGAACUUAUUAUUAAAAAUCCAAGACGCAGUUAUAAUAAUGGAGAUACUUAUAUUUCUUAAUUUAAAUAAUCAGAAAAUAUAAUUACUAUUACACCUAUAGAUGAAUCAAUUAUAGUUGAUAAACCAUUUUUGAUAGAUUAGAGUAUAAAUGAUGAAAAGUUAUAUAGUCAAUAGUUUAUUUAGAAAUCUGAAUUAGCAGAUUAAAAUUUGAUAUUAUCAGAUAUUUAAUAAGAUGAAUAAUUAGUUAUAAUGAAAAAUAAUGAUGAAGAAUAAAAUAUUAGUUAAGAAAUAGAUGUAAAUACAGUUAAGAAAAAACAAAAAAAUUAGAAGUUAAAAACAGAAGGCGUAUCAUCUCAAUAAUCUGUUAUUUCAGCUAUGCAAAAAUCUAUAUAUUAUAGAUAAUUUUGUUUAGUUAAUGAUCUUGCAAAUUCAUAAAAAGUACCUUAAAUUUUUAAGAGAAUGAUAUAUUUCAGAAUAUUUUUAAUUAUUACUUCAUUAGUUGGAUUUAGUUUGGUAAUUCUUUUUAUUAUAAAUUUAGUAUUUAUAUGAAAUAGAUCUAUUUCAUCAUUUCCAAGAGGAUUUCAAAUUAUUAAGUAUGAAAAAUAAUAUAUUUUAUCCUAUUUUAUCUUUUUAGCUGAUACGUUUGUCAAUUGUAAAUUACAAUGUUGAACUCUAUUUAAAAUUAAUUACUUAAUAGUAAUAUUUGGAAUUAUUAAUUUAUCCAAAAUCUAAAUUAAUAGGAAGCUAUGAUAAAUUAAAAGUUGGUAUUUCAAAUAUCAUAUCUGAACCUCUUUUUUUUACUCUUUAUCAUGAUUAAUACUUAAAUCUGGAAUUUUUAUAAAGAGGAAAUGUUGGAGAGAUGAAUGAACUUGAUCUUCGUAAUAGUUUGAUUACUUUAUUGAAUUAUUAAUUUGAUACUUAAAAUGCAUAUAUUGAAAAUGGAUAAGCUGAUUAUGAAAGUUCUUACUUUUAUUAUUGUUACAAGAAUUUGCAUACUUUAUUAAAUGCUUUUACAGAAGCAAAUGAAAUUGCCUUUGGAAAUUCAUAAUAAAAGCAGGAUGAUUCUUAGUAAUAAAUAUUAGUUAUCUUUUUUGUUAUUCUUUUCUUUAUCAUUAUGAUAUAGUCAAUAAUAACAUUUUCUCAUUUACAAUUUUAAAUAUAAAAAGAAAAACUCAAACUUUUACUAUUAAAUUAAGAUUAAAAUUACAUAAAUAUAGAAAUUCAAAGAUUAACAUUACUAUAAGAAUUGAUUGAUAAGAAUUACUAUUAAAUUUAACAUUAUAAACUUAAUUUUUCAGAAAAAGAUGAGUAUUUUAGUAAAAUUAAAUCUUUAUGUACACAACAUUCUAGAUAAUAAUUAAAAAAGAAUACAGUAGAUGCAUAAUAUUAUCAUCCAAAAGGAAUUUUACUUACAUUAACCCAUUUUGUUAUUUUAAUCUUAGUAUUCAUCAUUUUUACUGUAAGAAUGUAUGGUUCAUAUUCAAAAAUAAAAUAAACUGGAUAAUUGUAUGAAGUAUUUGCUAGUUUAAAUAUUAAUAUUUUAAGUUUAUAUCAAUCAAGAGAAAUUCUCUUUUAUAAAACAGCUUUACCAUUUUUAAAUUAAACAGAUCUAAAUGAAUAUUAUAGUAUUGCAUAAUAAGGAAUAAAAGGAUUGGAAAAUUAUAUAGAUAAAUAAUGGAUAAUUUAAUCUAAUAAUUAUUUCUUUGAUUCAGAUUUUUUUAAUCUUUUGAAUAGAUUUAGUAAUGGAAAUUUAUGUGAAGAGUUAUAUGUAAUUUAAAUUAAUUUAAAUUAGUUAAUAGAUUAAUCUUUGAAUAUUUGUAAUAAUACUCUUGGUGGUGUUUUAUAAAAAGGAAUUUCAUCUGCUUUGGUUGAUAUUAAGAAUUAGAUAAAGACUGAAUUUGAAUUAACUAAUUUUACAAAUAGAUCAAAUUUCCCAAUUUUAGAAUUAGAAGGAAUUUCAAUUUUAAGUUAUGGUUUAUAGUACUUAAUUGAAAAAUUUAAUGAAGAUUUAUCUUCUUAUAAUUAUUAAGUAGAAACCAAUUAUAAUGUAAGAUAUAUAAUAAUAUAUAAUUUAGAUUACUAUGAUAAUUUGUUUAUGCAUUUCAUUAUUAAAUGGAUUAUUGUUAUUAAAAUUUGAUUAGAUAAUUUAAUUGAGAAAUUAUAAAUUAUUGACUAAAUUUAUUUUUUCUGUUCCUUUGGCAUCAAUUUUAUUUGAUGACAACUUUUUAAGGAACACAAGAAGUUAUUUUGUGAAUGAAAGAUUGAUAUGA